UGAGUAGGUGUGAUCACGUGACAACAAACAGCCAAACGACGACAACAACAACAACAGUCCAGAGAAAAACACUUUAUUUGGUGUUGGAACUUGGAUAACUGAUGAGUCAUACUCAGCGCCAUUUUGUUGCUGUUGGAAAAAGGAAAAAAACUUCAACAUCAGGCAGAAACGGCGACAUUAAUGUCACCCAACACGGACUGCUGACUAAAAAGUAUAAUUAAUUCCAGCAGAAGAGAUCGUCAUCUUCAGGAAUCAGCAGUGUGUCCAUAUACUAAUAUUCAAAAAUGGAGAGACGUGACCGAGACACAGAUAAUAUGACCCCGCCCUCAGAAAAGUGGUUGAGGGACCGUGGUGUCUCAGAUGAAGGCCCUGCUGCUGUUCCGCCGAUGGUAAACGCCCCAGGCGUAAUGGUGCUGGACAAUGCAAUGGAAGAUAAUGAAAAAGAGGAUAUCCUCUCUACUGUUGAGGAUGAUGAACGAGAGGGACCGAUUGAACCCCAGGUAAAGAGAUCAGACUCACCAACACCCAGCUGUGUCUCCAUGAAGAGUGAUGGGUCUAUGGAGAUUCCUUGGACAUUUAAAAAACCCUCAUGUGAACACAGAAAGCUCCAGGUAAAGAGAUCAGACUCGCCAGAACCCAGCUGUGUCUCCAUGAAAGGUGAUGGGUCUAUGGAGAUUCCUUGGACAUUUAAAAACCGCUCAUCUGAACACAGAAAGCUCCAGGUAAAGAGAUCAGACUCACCAGAACCCAGCUGUGUCUCCAUGAAAGGUGAUGGGUCUAUGGAGAUUCCUUGGACAUUUAAAAACCCCUCAUCUGAACACAGAAAGCUCCAGGUAAAGAGAUCAGACUCGCCAGAACUCAGCUGUGUCUCCAUGAAAGGUGAUGGGUCUAUGGAGAUUCCUUGGACAUUUAAAAACCGCUCAUCUGAACACAGAAAGCUCCAGGUAAAGAGAUCAGACUCACCAAAACCCAGCUGUGUCUCCAUGAAAGGUGAUGGGUCUAUGGAGAUUCCUUGGACAUUUAAAAACCCCUCAUCUGAACACAGAAAGCUCCAGGUAAAGAGAUCAGACUCGCCAGAACCCAGCUGUGACUCCAUGAAAAGUGAUGGGUCUAUGGAGAUUCCUUGGACAUUUAAAAACCGCUCAUCUGAACACAGUGUUCUACAGAAGGCGGGUGACCGAAGAGAAAAGAUCAUCAUCACAGAUACGGGACACGCCCCAGAAUCUGCUGCUGGAAAUGAGGUCCAGAAAAAGUUCAAAUUAAAUCUGAUGGAGAAGUUUCAGUGUUUAAAUGAAGUGAUGGUAAAACAGGACAACCGAGCGCUCCUGAAUGAGAUCUACACAGAACUCUACAUCACCGAGGGAGACAGUGGAGACAUCAAUAAAGAGCACGAGGUGAGACAGAUUGAGGUGGCGUCCAGGAGAAAAUCAACAGAGGAAACACCAGUCAAAUGCAAUGACCUCUUUAAGCCCUUAUCUGAAGAAGACGAACCCAUCAGAACUGUACUGACAAAGGGAGUGGCUGGUAUCGGAAAAACAGUCUCUGUGCAGAAGUUCAUUGUGGACUGGGCUGAAGGGAAAGCAAAUCAGGACGUCCACCUCAUAUUUCCACUUCCUUUUAGAAAGCUGAAUCUGAUGAAGGACCAGAAACUGAGUCUAAUGGAGCUCCUUCAUGUCUGUUUUAAGGAAACAAAAGAAACAGAAAUGUCCAGGUUGGGAAAGGUUCUGUUUGUUUUUGAUAGAUUGGACGAGUGUCGUUUCCCUCUGGAUUUCCAGAACACAGUGAGUGUGUGUGAUGUAACUGAAUCAGCAGCAGUGCAUGUGCUACUGAUAAACCUGUUCAAAGGGAAUCUGCUUCCCUCUGCUCUCAUCUGGAUCACCUCCCGACCAGCUGCAGCUGAUCAAAUCCCCUCUGAGUAUGUCCACCGAGUCACAGAGGUACGAGGGUUCCGUGACCCACAGAAGGAGGAGUACUUCAGGAAGAGGAUCAGUGAUCAGAGCCUGGCUGAGAACAUCCUCACACACCUGAAGUCAUUAAGAAGCCUCUACAUCAUGUGCCACAUCCCAGUCUUCUGCUGGAUUUCAGCCACUGUCCUAGAGAGAAUGUUGGGUGAAGCAGAGAGUGGAGAGAUCCCCAAGACUCUGACUCAAAUGUACACACACUUCCUCAUCAUUCAGACGAACAUCAUCAGAGAAAAGUACUCAAAGAAGCAGGAGAGUGAUGAAGAAAUGCUUCUCAAACUGGGAAAACUGGCUUUUCAGCAGCUGAAGAAAGGCAACCUGAUCUUCUAUGAGGAAGACCUGAGAGAGUGUGGCAUUGAUGUGACAGAAGCAGCAGUGUACUCAGGUGUGUGUACGCAGAUCUUCAGAGAGGAGGUUGGGCUUCACCAGAGUAAAGUCUACUGCUUUGUUCAUCUGAGCGUUCAGGAGCAUCUGGCAGCUCUGUAUGUGCAUCUGACCUUCAUGAAGGAAAAGAGAAAUGUUCUUGAUCAGAGUCGGUCCGUUCAGACAGUUUCAGAUGUACACAGGAGUGCUGUAGAUCAGGCCUUAAAAAGUCAGACUGGACAUCUGGAUCUGUUCCUCCGCUUUCUUCUGGGUCUCUCACUGGAGUCCAAUCAGAAACUCUUACAUGCCAUGGUAACACAGACAGGAAGUAGCUCCCAGAGCAAACAAGAAACAGUUCAGUACAUUAAGGAGAAGAUCAAUGAAAAGCUUCCUGCAGAAAAAUCCAUCAAUCUGUUCCACUGUCUGAAUGAGCUGGGUGACACUUCUCUCGUGGAGGAACUCCAGCGCUACCUGAAAUCUGGAAAACAAAGUGAACUCUCUCCUUCCCAGUGGUCUGCUCUGGUGUUUGUGUUACUGACUUCAGCACAGGAGCUGGAGGAGUUUGACCUGAGUAAAUAUACCAGUACAGAGAAGAUACCAGAGUGGGUUCUUGUGCAGGUGAUGCCUGUGAUUGCAGCAUCCAGAAAAGCAAUUAUCCGUUGUGAUGCAAUUAAACGGAGAAGUGGAACAGCUCUGAUCUCAGUGCUCAACUCAGAAACCUCCAGUCUGAGAGAACUGCAUCUGACUGUGAAUACACUGGAUCUGUCUGAGAAUAAACUAGGAGACUCCGGAGUGAAGCGUCUCUGUGCUGUACUGGAGAAUCCUCACUGUAAAGUGAAGAUACUGAGGUUGCGGAAAUGUCAUGUCUCAGGUGAAGGCUGUGCUGCUCUGUGUUCAGCUCUGAGAGCAAAUCCCUCACACCUGAGCAAACUAGAUCUGGCCUUUAAUGAACUCGGAGACUCAGGAGUGAAGAGUCUCUGUGCUGUACUGGAGAAUCCUGACUGUAAAUUGGAGAAACUGAGGUUGGGUGAUUGUGGUGUGUCAGAUGAAGGCUGUGCUGCUCUCGCUUCUGCUCUGAGAUCAAACCCCUCACACCUGAGAAAACUGGAUCUGUGUAAGAAUAAAAUAGGAUCCUCAGGAAGGAAGCUGCUCUCUGCUCUUAAGGAUGAUAAACAUUACAAACUUGAGACACUCAGGUUUUGGUGAUGAACAUCUGUGUGUGAUGAAGACUCUCGUGUUCCUGCAUUUCCAUGUUGGGGAACAGACAACACAUUCAUAAACCUGUCAGUUACUGAGUUAUAAAUAACACGAGUACAUGUAGCUACGCUGGAGUCAUUCUGAAACCAGCAGUUCAGAGCUGGGAAUUUCUCACUCUACAAGUUCCAUGCCUUAAUAAACACUCCAUGAUCAGUUUCGUAGUCAUAAUGCUAGAAAUAACCUGCGUAUAUGAAAUUCUGGGAAACUGGGCAAAUUUGGAAAGGUUCUGGUCUGUUUUAAACACUUAGGGUUCUUGCUUUUAAAGGACCCAUGGCAUGGUGGUUUGUUGAUGCUUUAAACUGGAUCGUGGAGGCUUCCGGAUGUUAUAUCCGCAGCCUUUCUCGAAAUGAACCCGCGAAACGUAGAUAUAGCCUCCUGGAAGAAAGCCCCAUUUCAGCCCUUUUCCCAGUGCGUCGUUUUGCUAAAGAGAAGCAUGGAGGCAGGGAAGGGUAGAGGGUGGGGGCGUGCCAUGGGGGGAGGGGCUGCCGUCUGCCUCCCAAGCCGGCCAAGAGCGCUCCUCGUCAGGCAUGGCCAGGUGGGCGAAUGCCCUGGUCCGUCCGCCCUGUCUAAAAAAAAAAAAAAAAAGGGUACAACUCGAGUCCAUGGUACAACUGGGACUUUGUCGGGUUUUUUUUCAGCCUGAGGCCCAUGGUAAAACUGAGCAGUUUUACAAUGGAGGAGUGGGGACUUUGCCAUUUCCUCCCCCCAACUCGCCCCUGGGAGAGUUGACUGAAGGGCUGCCCGCGCGACCUCGGCUCCCGACAAAAGAUUGGAUCUAGGGCUGACUUUCAAUGGAUCGCAGCGAUGGAGUUGCUCUGCCACUUACGACACCCCGGCCCAGAAUCAGGGAAAAAUACCGCGCGCUGACGUCAUUAAGGUGUGACGCGAGGAAAUAAAAUAAAUUCAACAAAUGUUUGGGUUUUUACUGAACAAACAAAAUGAACGAGUGACUUAAAAAAAAAGAAUGUGGGUGUCUUUGUAAGAACUGUUUUGAUUGGCUAUUAUAACAGAGGUAGCGCAGAGUACCUGGCUAACUGCAGGAAGCGGUUAGCUGCACAGCUAAUGUAGCCAUUGCAAAAGCACCGAUUUUAAAACACGGCAAAACGACUUAAGUUAUACACUUACUUGUUCGGUGUUUGUGGCUGAUGCGGCAGGGAUGCUUGGUACGGACCCAGGCUUCAGUGACAGUUGAUGUGCAAAACCUGCCCUGUACUGUCCCAAGUUGUGGAAACAUUCAUCAGGAAAAUGCUUCCGACAAACAUACACCGUCUUAGGUAGACUCGACGGCGUAUUAUUGAAGUAAAUAAAAUUAAGCCCCUGCGUCUUCAGGGGCUCUCCCGUCGGCAGUAAAAACAGACUCCUUUCUGUGUUGUCACAUCCAUGUACAGCGCAAUUUCCAUGUUUCGCUCGCUUAGGUGAUGCCAUGUUGUUGUGUCCUCUAUGGUCUCCUCACUACAGCAGGGCGGGCAAUCCAUACGGUGGGUGGGAAUCCAGAGGGGGGGCGUGGGGAUCAUCUCCCUUGCUGACGUAGUAAAGGGAAGAGUUUAUCAACGCGCCGUUUUGAAACGCCAUUCUCAAAUGUUGGGCAUAGUUUGGUUUACACAUUAUGAAAUUUCUAGCCACUGGGGUGACUUAAGAAGGUCAGAGGAACUCAUUUUAACAUUAAAAAACCUCAGAAAGUGAAAAUUUCAUGCCAUGGGACCUUUAACUAUAAAAGCUCCAAUAAAUCCGCAUCCUGUUAGCACUUCAACACUUCAGAGUCCUUGGGGUACACCUGAGGGGGGAAAAAACAGUUAAUAUGAAGCUCUUUGUUUACACAUCCAUCGGCACCAGGCCUGGAAUUUCAUCAUUUUAGGGGCAAGGCCACUUGGCCUUUUGUGCUGUCAAUUUUUUGAGGAUUUUAAGUUCACGUCUAUAAUGAAUUUAAUUUAAGGACUAAUGACUCUUCUGAGGAAGACUGGAGUCCCAGUCGAAACUAUCAAGUUUAGAUGUGUUCAGUAUCUUCAGACAUAAGUGUAGUAGAUUUUUUUUUACCUGCUUAUCAAUCCAUCACUCACUUCAAAAAUUGUAAAACUUAAACCUAUAUCCUCCCAUAAUUUUUGUGCAAGAGUAUCUUCAGACUGUACUACUACGCAGAUUUUUGAUUAAUCAAAAUUGAGCCUGGAGUACAUCAAAAUGUUUGACUGUAAAUGGAACAUAUACUAGAAUGUAUAUGAAAAUGAAUAAAAGUAAAUGUUAAUGUUGUAAUGACGCCAAAAACAAUGAGAGAAAAUCUCUUGCGAUGGUGAUCUCGUCAAGAUAGCAGCAGUUACACUUCGGUUAAACCACAAAAAGAAACAUACAAUACUAGUAACAAAACAAUGCUAACUGCAUAGAUUAAAAAAGUGGCGAUGAACAGACAUCAUAUUACGGCAGGAACAAGCAGUAGUAACAUCCAUGACCUUACGCUUAAAGCUCGACAAAGGAAAAAUUUGACAGCAAGCUAAUUAGCAUUUGUUAGCGGCUACAGUCGGUACUCGGCACGUUAAAAGUGGGUCAAUGUUGUAACGACAUAACGUUACUGUACAAGCAAUGCUUAUUUAACAGUAACAAACUUAAGCCCUACAUGUUGAAAUUCCUAACUUAUUCAUCACACAGUCUUACCUCAGUCAACUUCUUCCCUCCUUCUGUGAAAAUUCAACGUCUCGGGCGCAGACACAAGUGGGCGGGGGAUGCGUUUGAUUAAGUCUCCUGGUUGGCUGGUGACAGAUUGAUGUCAUUAUAGCACGUCGGAGCGGUUCAUGCCAGGCUCGAGUCCGAUCCACCACUGAUGAGUUGCCCAAUAAGAAUCCAGAAUGUCAUCAAAAGACUUAUUUUUUUCUCAAUAGACGCAGGUGAUGUUAAAGCCUAUUGGCAGUCACGAGGCAGACUACAAAACCGCAGGGCAUCAAGGCCACUGUGGCCUUACGGCAGAUAUUUUCUUCCAAGGGCACAAGGCCAAAUUGAGAGGGCACGAGGGCCAUGGCCCUCAUGAAAUUCCUGUCCUGGUCAGCGCAGUUUAUAAAAUCCAUGAUCUCCAUUUACCAAUCGGUGCUCUUGGUUUACCGAUCUGUGGGCACAGUUUAAUAAUGUUCCAUCCUCAUUAGUUAUAUUAUACUGUGCAUUAACAUUCACUACCUACUGCAAUAUUUAUAUUCCUAUUUCAGUUGCUGGUAUUUUAUUAGUACAAUAUUGCUACUUCAGGUGAAGCACUAGUACUCAUUUAAGUUCCUCUCUUAUUUUGUUUGUACAUUUAUGUACAUGGCUGGUGUUUUUUAUUACUGUCUGGUUCUGGCUCUUUCUAUCUAUCUAUGAGCUGCUGGAACAUGUAAAUUUCCCCACUGAGGGAUGAAUAAAGUUUAUCUUAUCUUUCUAAAGUGUGCCCACAGAUUUGUAAACCAAGAGCAUGGAUUUCCUUCUCAGCAACUUUUUUUUUCCUCCAAGUUGUACCCCUCUCCAUAAGAUAGAUCUGAUUAUAAAUUGAAUGAAUGAAUUUAUUUAUUUCGAACAUGUAUAAAAAUGUAUGUAACUAUUUGUACAUACAAAAGAAAGAAAAUGAAAAAAAAGUGACAAAAAAAGAAUAAAUAAAAUAAAGAGCUAAGACAUUACAAUACACCGCACAUUGUUCGAAAAAGGAGUGGGAAGUAGUACAAUACUUUUUUUAAAUUUCCCACCCCUUUUUAACUACCCCGAAAUCCAAACUACAUUAAUACACCUAUAAAAAUAUAUACCAUAUAUACACUUCAUGAUUAUCCAUAUAAAAUUACAAAAAUAUAUACUACAUACCAUAUCCAUAUAUGAGUGAUUCCACGCUUAUGGGUACUGAAAUGGGGACAUGAACUUAUUCACCUAAAACCAUUUCUUUUUUUUACCAUCAGGUCACAAAACAUGUAAUCUUUAAUGAAUGAUAUGUUAAAAGAUAACUUUAAUUUUCUGAGAUGUAAUAAAAACAUAUUUAUAUGUCAAAGUCAAGCCUAUGAGUUCCAAAAUGAUGUCUGUUCCAUUACUUCUGUUACGAUUGUCCAUCUCGCGUCUGUUACAAAUUAAUUACAAUCUAGCUCUAUACCAUGUUAAUCUUAUUGAAAGAAUGUGUAUGUUUAUUCUACUACACGUUUAUUAAUAGUCCAAAGACAUGCAGGUUAGGUUAACUGGUGACUCUAAAUUGAGCGUAGGUGUGAAUGUGAGUGUGAAUGGUUGUCUGUGUCUAUGUGUCA